AAUGGCGCGAGUAUUUAAACACGGCUCCCCGGAGGUGGGAUAGUUCAGUGGUAUCCGCAAGCUUCGACGAAAUCGAAAAUGUACAAGUUCCUGCUGAUUGUUGCCCUUCUGCCGGCCGUCGUCUUCGGCCAGACUCCGUUCCGUCCGUGUAUCGGUGGAGGUCCCACGCCUGCUUCGGUUAACAUCGAGGGCUGCACGUCGCUUCCCUGCACGAUCGUGUCCGGCAGCCCGCUGGUAGCUCGUGCGAACGGUAUCGUCACCCCGGUGGCCACUCCGACCGUGCAGGCUAACAUUGUGGCCCGUGUGCUGGGCUUGGACAUCGGAUUCCAGAUUCCGGACGAUUUGGCUGAUGCUUGUGCCGUCGGCAUUACUGGCGCCUCGUGCCCGCUGGCCGCUGGCACCACGUUCGACUACACGCUGAACUACGCCAUGACGCUGCCGCUGACCGGAAUCACUGCCCAGGUCGAGGUCGGUCUGACUGCCGCUGACGGUACCAGAAUCACGUGCAUUGAAAUCGAUGCCACCAUCGUCUCCUAAUUUUCUUUCCCGUCUCUCACUCCAACUCCACAACUAAAUUGAUCCUGAAUCGCAAUAAACCAGCAUCGAAGAUGCAAUGUACGUUAAACUAA